UUUUGGAAGUGAGCUUGGCUCACAGUGUGUUCCACUUUGUUUCCGCGCCCGGUUUCGCAGACAAUUAUUACAUCAAGAAAAUGAUCAGCUGAUCCAUUAUUGCUUAUUUGCAAUUUACUUCUGGAUUAGAUUUGUGUGGCGAAUGCCUUAAAAUUUUGAUACAUUUAUUGUAUGUUAGAGCCUGAGUAUGUCCUUCCUGUGGUGACUUUUGUUCGAUAAGUCAUUUUAUGCUACAAAAUGUCGAACCCAGGAAGCUACAAUUUCAAAGUGGUUCUCUUAGGAGAGGGAUGUGUAGGGAAAACGUCGCUGGUUCUUCGCUAUGUCGAAGAUAAGUUCAACGAUAAGCACCUCACAACAUUACAGGCUUCUUUUCUGAACAAGAAAUUGAACAUCAAUGGGAAGCGAGUCAACCUCUCCAUCUGGGACACAGCAGGGCAAGAGCGGUUUCAUGCUCUGGGACCUAUAUACUAUCGAAUGUCGAAUGGAGCUAUUCUUGUCUAUGAUAUUACUGAUGAAGAUACAUUUAAAAAGGUUAAAAACUGGGUGAAGGAACUGAAGAAAAUGUUGGGAAGUGAAGUAUGUCUCACCAUAGCAGGAAAUAAAGAAGAUCUUUCUAAGGAUAGAAAUGUAUCUGUUGAGGAGGCCCAAAGGUAUGCUGAUUCUGUGGGAGCCAAACAUUUCCUUACAUCUGCAAAAUUGAAUCAGGGCAUUGAAGAGAUGUUUGUUGAAUUAAGCCAACGCAUGAUGGAACGUCAUGCUGAAGUUGAGCUUGCUCAAGCGCAGUCAACAUUGGGACGUGCUGGAAGUAUGAGGCGAAAUGUUAUGGUUGUAGAAGAUGACAUGAUGGUGCCUCCUGAUAAUGCAGUUAAGGGUGCUUGCUGUGGUGGUUAUCGUGUAGCAUCAUCAUGAAAGAGCAUUUGAGGGCGCACAACUGUCAGGUUGAUGACCUUAUUUUGAAUUGGAAGUUACAUGUUUGUGACGUGACAGUUCGAAAAUCAUGUGUUCUGUGUGCUGUAUAUUUACAUAUUCUAAUAGAUUGAAUGUUAUAUGUGAAGUAUCUGUGAUCUAAAUGUGUACAAACAAUGUUAUGUGGAAAGGCCUUAAGUUGUUAAUUUUUUAAUUUACCUCAGUGGCCCAUUCUAUGAACCAUAAUUCCACUGUAAUCUGCAACUUAUUUUUAAAAAACAACAAAAAGAACUCAAUAUACAGAAGAAAGAGGGUGUUUCUUCUGUCUUGUCCAGUUAAGGUUGUCUUUUUUUGUCAUUGUGUAAAUUUUUGUGUGUGGCGGAGCUCAAAAGAACCAACUUAUUUGUGUCAGGAACAGUAAAGAUUAAGUUGUGCUAUUAAUCCCUUUCUCAAAAUGUCGCACCAUUAAGCAAGAGGAUGUUGUGUACGGACUUACAACUGACACAGAAAUGUCUAGUCGCUUAAAUCAUCUUAGGAAUAACUUAUUCCAGACCUUUCUUUGCAAGAAUCAGGUUUAAAUUGAUGAAUAAAAGUAUGUGGCAUAGGUAUAGCAAUUGGCAUAGAAUCUGACCUCAUGUUGUGGUAUUAAUUGCUGUUUGUAAGUCAAAUUGGAAGCCAUGUUGCAGCAUAUGUGCUGACUCAAAGUCUACUUAUCAAGUUACAUUGAAUCUACUUAUUAUUGCUAAAAUCGUUUGCUUUUCAAAUUUUUAUUUCAAUGUUAAUGUUUAUUACUGUUGUAGCCAUGCUUAAUCUUGCAUUAGCAUUUUUCUUCUUGUACAGUAUCCUAUACUGUUUACCAAAAUGAAAUAUUUUUAAGGACCGCCUUUCAACUUUGGACUGGUCUAUUACUUUGUGGAACUCUACUGCUGUAUGGUUGUCUCUUGAACUUCCUAGCAAGGAGUUGUCCUUAAUUUUUCAAUCUUCAGCACAAGUCACGUGUACUCUUUGACAGACUAAAAUAUGGAAGCCAACAACACACUGCAAAUGUUGACAAAGGCAUCCAGUUUACCUUGUUGCUAUUUUUUCUCAUGUUGGUGAGUUUUGUUCUAGUUCGUGUUUCCUUUUGUUUAUAUCAAAAUGAAUUACGGUGGCCACCUAUCAUGUCCCAACAGAAGGAUCAGGUGAUUGUUGAAACCAGUUUAUAUUUGUGAAAUACACAACAAACGCAGUGCAACCCUUGUUCAGUUGUGACUAAUCGCAAUCCUUUUUGUAUAAGAUUGUAAUAAUCUGAUAGAAAAUUUUGUACUCAAUUUUGCAAGACCUGUAUUUCUCAACUAUUGACUUGUGAUUAAAAUAUGGUGUCAUCAGUAUUAUUCCAAA